GCGAGAGGCGGCUGAGGCGUGCUAGCCGGCGAGCGGCGGCCGCCACUCUGCGCUGGAGCCGCGGCCGGGCGGGCGCUGGGAGUGAUGGAGGGUCCAGGGCUGGGCUCGCAGUGCAGGAAUCACAGCCAUGGCUCCCACCUUCCAGGGUUUGGUCGACACGGCACCUGUGCACACGAAAACAAAGAACUUGCGAAAGCAAAAGAAGUUCUUCCUCUUGUAGAGGACUCCAGUAACUGUGACAUUGUCAGAGCUACACAAUACGGAAUUUUUGAACGAUGUAAAGAGCUGGUAGAAGCAGGAUAUGACGUCAGACAGCCAGAUAGAGAAAACGUGUCUCUUCUUCACUGGGCUGCCAUUAACAACAGGCUGGAGCUCGUAAAGUUUUAUAUUUCCAAAGGUGCUGUGAUAGAUCAGUUGGGUGGUGACUUAAAUUCAACUCCUCUUCACUGGGCUAUCCGACAAGGGCAUUUGCCUAUGGUCAUAUUACUGCUCCAGCAUGGUGCAGACCCCACUCUGAUUGAUGGAGAAGGAUUCAGCAGCAUUCAUCUGGCAGUCCUGUUUCAGCACAUGCCCAUCAUAGCGUAUCUCAUCUCAAAGGGACAGAGUGUGAAUAUGACAGAUGUCAAUGGACAGACACCUCUCAUGCUGUCAGCUUACAAAGUGAUUGGGCCAGAACCAACUGGAUUUCUCUUAAAGUUUAAUCCCUCUCUCAAUGUUGUUGAUAAAACACAUCAGAACACUCCGCUUCACUGGGCAGUUGCAGCAGGAAACGUUAGUGCAGUUGAUAAGCUUCUGGAAGCUGGUUCUAGCCUAGACAACCGAAAUGCUAAGGGAGAAACACCCCUUGAUAUGGCUUUACAAAAUAAAAACCAGCUCAUUAUUCACAUGCUAAAAACAGAAGCCAAGAUGAGAGCCAACAAAAAGUUCCGGCUUUGGAGAUGGCUACACAAAUGCGAGCUGUUCCUGCUGCUGAUACUCUCUGUGAUCACCCUGUGGGCUGUUGGAUACAUCCUGGACUUCAAUUCAGAUUCUUGGCUGUUCAAAGGAUGUCUUCUAGUAGCAUUGUUUUUUCUGACAUCUUUGUUUCCAAGGUUUUUGGUCGGCUAUAAGAACCUUGUGUACUUACCAACGGUCUUUCUACUAAGUUCCAUUUUUUGGAUAUUUAUGACUUGGUUCAUCUUAUUCUUUCCUGAUGCAUCAGGAAGCCCUUUCUAUUUUGCCUUUAUUUUCAGCAUCAUAGCCUUUCUCUAUUUUUUCUACAAGACUUGGGCAACUGAUCCAGGCUUCACUAAGGCUUCUGAGGAAGAGAGGAAAGUGAAUAUCGUCACCCUUGCGGAGACUGGCAGUCUGGACUUCAGAACAUUCUGCACAUCGUGUCUUAUAAGGAAGCCUUUAAGGUCCCUCCAUUGCCAUGUGUGCAACUCUUGUGUGGCUCGAUUUGAUCAACACUGCUUUUGGACCGGACGCUGUAUAGGAUUUGGCAACCAUCACCAUUACAUCUUCUUCCUGCUUUCCCUUUCCAUGGUAUGUGACUGGAUCAUAUAUGGAUCUUUUGUCUAUUGGUCCAAUCACUGUGCCACAACAUUCAAGGAAGAUGGAUUGUGGACCUACCUCAAUCAAGUAGUGGCCUGUUCUCCCUGGGUUUUGUAUAUCUUCAUGCUAGCAGCUUUCCACUUCUCAUGGUCAACAUUUCUAUUAAUAAAUCAACUCUUUCAGAUUGCAUUUCUGGGCCUAACCUCCCAUGAGAGAAUCAGCCUGUUAAAGCAGAGCAGGCACAUGAAGCAAACCUUGUCCCUCAGGAAGACACCAUACAACCUCGGAUUCACACAGAACCUGGCAGAUUUCUUUCAGUGUGGCUGCUUUGGCUUAGUGAAGCCCUGCAUGAUAGAUUGGACAUCCCAGUACACCAUGGUUUUCCACCCGGCAAAGGAGAAAGGUCUCCGCUCCGUAUGAAGAAAAGCAGCAGCACCACAGAACACACUCUGACUUGGUUUUGUUUAUG